UCGACUCUUCCGGUUGAUAUGACGUCGUUGGUGCGUCUCAUAAAAGCUUGCAGGCCUGUCCGCAUAACUACGAUAUCCCUGAUUAUUGUGCCCGCAGAACAGGAGCAAAAAGUUAGCAGUGCCGGGGUUGGCUGCUGCCUCGUUACUCUCGCACAAGCAAGGGCGUUGGAUUAACAGUGAGGAUUCUCUCGAAAUAACUAGUGGAUAUAUAUCUCGAGAACCGAUACAACCGCGGUUGUUCCGGUUCUCGCAACAUAUGGAUGUAACUACGGCCCCAGCGGAACAGUUGCUCGCCCCGUCCCAGAGAAGGAAACAAGCCCACGUACGCAAGGCAGGGCAACCGCAACAUUGCAGGCUAUUCGGAUCACAGAGGAAAACAUACUCUGGUUCUCCGUGGUUCUGCAUCAUAAAUCAAUUACAAAGCUCAUUCGCCUAGCAGACGGUGGGCCCAGAGAAGAUCGCUUCGUUGAUGACGCCCUUACCUCGCUUCCGAUAGUGCCUGUACGUACGGCUAUAACUAUAGGCCUUUCUCGUCUCCUGCCGUUGCCCUCUGCCUCUUUUAUCUUAACGCAGCUAACGUCCUCGAUUUUGCAUUAUUCGCUUAUAAGUGACCCAAUCCUUGCAUUCGUUGGUGUUGGGACGUCAUAACUCCGAACAGGGGCUAAACCGCUCUCCUCUGGAUACUUAUCCGUCCCGGAGACCCCGCGGCAGUCACCUCCUGGAAAUUGCCAGAAGACGAGGAGAGUGAAGCCUGACUUGUUGAAGCAGUCACUGAAACCCUCAGAACUUUUACCUUCCACGAAACGCAAGAUUCAAAAUGUCGGCCCUCAGGGAUGCGAUAUCGAAAAUCAAGCAGUCUGCCUCUGAGUCUGACUUGAUCCCCCACCGUCGCUCAAAUCUUGGUGCUUUCCUUCAGGAGAAGGAAUAUGUUUACUCUAGCGACGACUUCAGUGAUGAUAACAGCGGUGUCUCCAGCAAGAAUGAACAGAAGCGUGCGGCACGGCGCGAAAAAAAGGAGCAGAGCAGGUCCAGACUGAGCACAGAGACAAGAGACGGCUCAAUGGACACUACGCGGUCGGAACUCAAAGGCAGCAAUGAUAGCCCUGCAGAGAACAAUGAUGAUACUCCGGAGAUGAAGGCACGAUACGGUGAUCUUCCGAUGAUGCAGUCUAGAGAUCGUCCGCGCGCAAAUCUUGCCAAGUUCGAGUCCAUCAUAGACGAGAUGAAGGGUCAGGAGCUGACAUUCCGUGCUCGUCUACACGUUGUUCGUCGCAUGGGCGCAAAGUUUGCAUUCUUAGUAUUCCGGCAGCAGCUGCAUACCUUACAAGGUGUUCUACAUACCGAGCCUAAGCUGAGGUCUGCGAACAUGAUAUAUUGGGCUGAGCGCAUUCCAGUUGGCUCAAUUUUGAAGGUAAAAGGACGUCUAAAGGCACCAGACGUUCCUGUCUUUGGAACAACGAUUCAUAAUCUCGAGCUCGAGAUUGAAGAACUCCACGUUGCUGUAUGCCGAGAGGAGCCAGUGCCAUUCAGUGUAUAUGAAGCCGAACUUGCCGGUGCCCAUGAAGAGCGGCUGGAAGGUAUACGCCAGAAGAUUCCCGAUCGCACGAGGCUGUCCAACCGAAUCCUCGAUCUCCGCACUGAUACCUCACAGUCUAUCUUCAGAAUUCAGUCUGCCAUUUCUACCAUGUUCAGGUCCUGCCUUGAUGCGCAGAAUUUCAUUGAAAUACAUUCCCCCAAGCUCCAAGCAGCUGCCACAGAAUCAGGAGCUAGCGUCUUUGGUGUGAACUAUUUCGGACGCCCUGCUUUCCUGGCUCAGAGCCCUCAGCUCGCGAAACAGAUGGCAAUUGCAUCAGAUUUUGAGAGGGUCUACGAAAUUGGCGCGGUCUUUCGAGCAGAGAACUCGAACACACAUAGGCAUCUUACAGAGUAUACCGGAUUGGAUAUUGAAAUGGCCAUCGAAGAGCAUUAUCAUGAAGCUCUGGAAGUCCUUGACAGCGUGCUCAAAUCUAUAUUCAAAACUAUCUAUGAGAAAUAUCGGUUGGAGAUAGAGGUUAUCAAGCACCAUUUCCCAUCUGAGGAUUUGGUUUGGCUCGAUGAAACCCCUAUUAUUUCGUUUGCCGAUGGAGUUAAAAUGCUGAAUGACUCCGGCUGGGUGGAUGAGAAUGGGAACAAGCUAUCGGAGACUGAGGACUUUGGCACACGGGAUGAGAUUAGGCUGGGUGAACUUGUCAAGGAGAAGUUCCAUACAGAUUACUAUAUCUUGGAUAAGUUCCCGGCAACUGCCCGACCUUUCUAUGCUAUGCCACAUCCAGAUGAUGAAAGAUUCACCUUAUCAUUUGAUAUUUUCGUUCGAGGACAGGAGAUUGUUUCUGGUGGUCAGCGUAUCCAUCACCCUGACCUACUGGACAAACGAAUGAGAGAAGUUGGAAUCGACCCAUCCACCAUGGAAGAGUACAUGGAAGGCUUCAAAUGGGGAGCUCCUCCGCAUGCCGGUGCUGGAAUUGGUUUAGAGAGACUGCUGAUGCUAAUACUGAAGCUCGGCAACAUCCGGCUGGGAUCUCUUUUCCACCGAGACCCAAAGAGCUUCCCUCGUCAUGAGCAGCCCGUCCCUCUCCGCCAUCCAGAGGCAUCAACCCUCAACCCUCCAUGGCAAGAUGAAAACAAGCCUCGCAAUGCACCGGUUGAUCCCAGUCGAAAGUUGCAGGCAUUGGAAGAUCUUAUUGCCAACUAUGGUGAUUCUACGUCUACCUCAUGGCUUGACGAUAGAUAUAAGAUUUGGCGGGAUUAUGCCACAGGUGCUGCGGUUUCUUAUGUACCUUCUCAUGGAUACGCAGUUAUCGCUGGAGACCCCCUUUGCGAUACAACCCAGUAUCGUCGCAUUGUUGUAUCUUUCCUCCAAUGGCUAAAAAAGGAAACAAAUCUCAGACCAAUUUGGAUCCUUUGCUCUGCCGAUGUCGAAGAAAUACUCGGUGAACACCUGGGUUGGCGAAGUCUUUCAUGUGUUGCUGAAGAACGAGUUGACCCUCAACGUAACCGUGCCGCAUCAGAUGGCGAAAUAGCCCGCAAGAUCCGUCGGGCGGAACACGAAGGCAUCAGAAUUCACGCGAUUACUCCCGGCGAACCCGUCCCAGAUGACAUUAAGGAGAAGAUAGAUGCUCGAAUAGAGGACUGGAAAAACAAUAGGAAAGGUACUCAGAUCCAUCUUUCUGAAAUCACCCCGUGGCGCGACCAUACUCAUCGUCGAUACUUCUAUGCAACCGAUAGCGAGGGCAAAAUCUGUUCUUUCGUCGCCCUUGCGCAGCUGGCUCCUCGUCAUGGCAUGCAGGUUAAAUACAGUCUAGAUUUCCCAGGAUCCCCGUCCGGUUCAAUUGAAUAUAUCAUAACUCACGCUAUUCAAUCCGCUGCAAGCUCGGGUGUGAAGUCCCUUACAUUUGGCGGUGGUGCUAUUCCACAUCUAAUCCCUGGUCAUAAUCUAAGCAGCGUCAAAGCCAAGGUGCUGCAGCACACAUAUGAUACCAUUGUCAAGCAGUUCAAGUUAACUCGGAAGACGGAGUUCAGGGCUAAACUUGGAGCGCACGAGGAGCCCGUUUAUAUCGCUUACCCACGCCAUGGGCUGGGUACCAAGGGAAUCAAAGCGAUUUUGAACUUCUUUGAGGAUUAACU